AUCGGUCUCACACACAGGUUGUAUAAGCCAGCAAGAGUCACAAACUCACAAUGUGGAGGUGUAUCUUGCUCUCUGCGGUGGUGGUCGCGCUGGCGCUGGCGCCGGCGCCGGCACUGGGCGUCCCGUUCACGGAGAAAGACCUCGCCUCGGAGGAGAGCCUGCGGGGGCUCUACGAGAGGUGGAGGAGCCACUACACGGUGUCGCGGAGGGGCCUCGGCGCCGACGCCGAGGAACGCCGGUUCAACGUGUUCAAGCAGAACGCGCGGUACGUCCACGAGGGGAACAAGAGAGACAUGCCCUUCAGGCUGGCGCUCAACAAGUUCGCCGACAUGACCACGGACGAGUUCCGGCGCACGUACGCCGGGUCCAGGGUGCGGCACCACCUCUCCCUGAGCGGCGGCCGCCGGGGCGACGGCGGCUUCAGGUACGGGGACGCCGACAACCUGCCGCCGGCGGUGGACUGGCGGCAGAAGGGCGCCGUCACCGCCAUCAAGGAUCAAGGCCAGUGCGGGAGCUGCUGGGCGUUCUCGACGAUCGUGGCGGUGGAGGGCAUCAACAAGAUCAGGACGGGGAAGCUGGUGUCGCUGUCGGAGCAGGAGCUCAUGGACUGCGACAACGUCAACAACCAGGGCUGCGACGGCGGCCUCAUGGACUACGCCUUCCAGUUCAUCCAGAAGAACGGGAUCACCACCGAGUCCAACUACCCAUAUCAAGGCGAGCAGGGCAGCUGCGACCAGGCGAAGGAAAACGCUCUGGCCGUGACAAUCGACGGCUACGAGGAUGUCCCCGCCAACGACGAGUCCGCUCUACAGAAAGCGGUCGCCGGGCAGCCCGUGUCGGUGGCAAUAGACGCCAGCGGCCAGGAUUUCCAGUUCUACUCAGAGGGUGUCUUCACCGGAGAAUGCAGCACGGAUCUCGACCACGGUGUCGCCGCCGUCGGCUACGGCGCUACUAGGGAUGGCACCAAAUACUGGAUCGUGAAGAACUCGUGGGGAGAGGACUGGGGUGAGAAGGGUUACAUCAGGAUGCAGCGCGGGGUGUCGCAGACAGAAGGGCUGUGUGGCAUCGCCAUGCAGGCGUCCUACCCAACUAAGUCGGCACCACAUGCUAGCACGGUCAGGGAAGGGUCUCAUACCGACGAGCUCUAGAUGGCACGCAUACGAUUAGUGCAAGCUCUUGAGGAGAACUGAAUCUCCCACUAUUGUGUUGUUUACUUUAUGCAAGAUGUUACUACGAAUGUAAUAAACGUAAGCAAAGGACAUUACAGCAGAAGAAUUGCAACUAAUUUGUCAAAUGAAUUAAAUGAAACUUAAGAUUGGGUUGUAUUCA